UACACUGACAUCAUGACAUAGAACACGGAAGUCUCAGUUCCCCCAGCUCCUCGCUUAUUUCAAACAGGACUCAGGUUUUGUGAAACCAACAAGUGCUAAAUCAGGGCCCCAGUGCUCUGUCAAGGGGUCCAAUCGUGUUCCCUCAGUAAGGAGAGAUGAGCAAGGGAAAGGUGAAGGGGCAGGAGAACGUGUUGAGCUCCCUCCUCAGCAACCAGGAGAACGAACGGCUGGUAGACCUGCUGGGCCGAAGAUGCGUGACUCUGGCCACUGCGGUUGUGCAGCUCUAUAUGGCCCAUCCCCACAGUCCAGCCCACUGGAGCCUGCAGCACACUGGAGUUGUUUGUUUCGUCAAGGACAACCCGCGACGUUCAUACUUCAUUCGCUUUUAUGAUAUCAAGGAUGAAAAAAUGAUAUGGGAGCAAGAGCUGUAUAAUCAGAUGACUUAUACCAGCCCAAAGCAGUAUUUUCACUCUUUCCCUGGAGAUGACUGCCAAGUCGGUCUGAACUUUGCAAGUGAGCAAGAAUCAGAGGCUUUCAGAAACACAGUAGAGGAAAAAAUCACCCAGCGAGUCAGUCGCCAAGACAAAAGACAACAUGCUCCAAGUGAAGGGAUACUGGGACCACCACCAAUACCACCAUCAAAUGGUCCAGGUCCAACUAUGCAGCCAGGGGGCAUGGUCACUGUGGAUAUUCCAAACCCAGACAUUCUGCCCUCACGCUACCGCUCCCCUGCCGUCCCCCUGCCUGCACCUGCUUCCCUGGGCAAGGGUAAAAAAGACAAGAAGAACAAGAAGAAGGGACCUCGGCUCACCAAGGCAGAUAUUGGAGCUCCCAGUGGAUUUAAACAUGUCUCACAUAUUGGAUGGGAUCCAAACGCUGGCUUUGACACCAACAAUCUGGACCCAGACCUGAAGAAGCUAUUUUCUUGUGCUGGUAUCAGUGAUGAUCAGCUGACAGACAAAGAGACCUCCAAACUUAUCUAUGACUUCAUCGAACAGUCUGGCGGUCUGGAUGCUGUUAAAGAAGAAAUGAGGAGACAGGAUGCCAUGGGUCCUCCAUCUCGAAGUCUCCCCCCAGUCCCAGGUGCCCCUGUUCCUCCACCACCUCGGAGUGGCUUCCCACCUGUCCCAGGCCAACCCCCACCAGCUCCACCUUCACGCAACCAGAGAGCUCCUCAACGAGGCCCCCUCCCACCACCUCCCCCUGGUGGAAGAGCUGGACCGCCACCCCCCCCACCUCCCUCUGGUGGUUACGGAUCUCCCCCACCACCUCCUCCUGGUGCUGGAGCACCUCCACCACCUCCUCCACCUCCUCCUCCUCCACCACCCGCUCCUGCUUCUAACUACAGCAGUGGCAGCCCCGUCAGUUCUGCACCUUCACCUACAGUGGGGGGUAGAGGAGCUUUGCUGGACCAGAUCCGACUAGGCACCAAGCUAAAGACUGUGUCGGACAGUUCAGACCUGCCGCCUCCGCCACAAGACCAGUGUAGCGAGGGCAUCGUUGGAGCUCUGAUGAUGGUCAUGCAGAAAAGAAGCAAAGCCAUUCAUUCCUCAGGAGAGAGCGAAGAUGAUGGAGGUGAUGAUGAUGACGAUGAUGAAUGGGAUGAUUAAUGUCAAUAUCCAACAUUGGUACACACAAACACACACGCACAUACACACACAGUGUCAAUUUUAGGUAGGCCACUGAAAUGUUAAAAAUAGCCUUAUAGCACAGGAUUAUGACAACUUGGCCAACAGAGGAUCAAA